UCAUUUUUAUUUGAGAAAUCAAAAAUUUAAAAUUUAGAAAUUUAAAAUCUGUGUAUUUACCAUAGUAUCAUAUUAUGGAUUUAUUUCUAAUGAUUUGCAAAAUAUAGAGGUAUUAGUAAUGUGCGAUAUUAUAGAAAAAUAUUCAAUUUUCAAACUAUAGAAACUAUCUAGGAAUUAUACAUUUGUCAUGGACGAAGAACUUACUAGUGAAUUUAGUACCUCCAGAGUUGUUACUGAAAACAAAGAAAAAAUUGAAAUACUAUUGAAAGCAACUGGUAAUGCACCAAUUCUCAAGACGAAAAAAUGGAUGGUUGAAAAAGAGAAGACAGUGGCUUCUAUCCAUGAAUUCUUACGGAAACUAUUAAAACUAGAUCCAUCAGAUAGUUUGUUCUUAUAUGUGAAUCAAGCAUUUGCUCCACCACCUGAUCAGACAAUGAAAAAUUUAUAUGAUUGUUACAACACAGAUGGUCGUCUCAUAUUACAUUAUUGUAAAACCCAAGCUUGGGGGUAAGAUCAUAUUACAUUUUGUUUCUUUGGAAUUAAAAAUGUUUUAAUUUGAAUUUAUUAUAAAAUUUUUUUUAUGAAUAAAUGUGUAUAUUGUA